AGAGAUCGACGACAGACAUGCAACGAGGUCUUCCAAUGCAACCCACCGUCGUCCUCCUUCGUGAGGGGACGGACACAUCUCAGGGCAAUCCUCAAUUGCUCUCCAACAUCUCCGCAUGUCUGGCAAUCGCAGAAACAUUGUCGAGUACACUGGGGCCGAGAGGGAUGGACAAGCUCAUCGUGAAUGAACGCGGCGAGGCGCAGAUCACAAACGACGGCGCGACGAUCUUGAAACUCCUCGACAUCGUACACCCAGCAGCAAGGACACUGGUGGACAUCGCCCGUGCACAAGACGCGGAAGUGGGAGAUGGGACGACAAGUGUCACUCUUCUUGCUGCUCAGCUUUUGAAGGAAGUCCGUGGAUUUAUUGAGGAGGGCGUCAGCCCACACAUCAUCAUGAAGGGCUUCCGCAAAGCAUCACAAUUGGCACUUCAACGUGUCAAAGAGAUCCAAGUCACUGUCGACAAAAGUGACCCUGAGCGGUUCCGCUCUCUCCUGCUCAAGUGUGCAGCCACCUCCAUGUCAUCAAAACUUAUCCAUUCCGAAAAGCCAUUCUUCUCAAACAUGGUCGUUGAUGCCGUCCAGUGUCUGGAUCAGGAUGACCUCGAUGAAUCCCUGAUCGGUGUUAAGAAAAUCGCCGGCGGAGGGAUGCAAGAUUCGCUCUUGAUCCGCGGUGUCGCGUUCAAGAAGACCUUUACAUACGCUGGGGCUGAGCAGCAACCAAAAGCGUUCAAAAACCCUCUAAUCUUGUGCUUGAACGUUGAACUCGAGCUCAAGGCCGAAAAAGACAAUGCCGAGGUCCGCGUGGAUGCAGUUUCCGAGUACCAGGCCAUUGUCGACGCGGAGUGGGAGAUCAUCUACCGGAAACUGGAGGCUAUUGAGAAAACUGGUGCCAAAGUCGUUCUUAGCAAACUGCCUAUUGGUGAUCUAGCGACGCAAUGGUUUGCAGACAGGGACAUCUUCUGUGCUGGACGUGUCCCUGGCGGUGACUUGCGUCGUGUCUGCCAGGCUGUUGGUGGCUCUGUACAGUCAACAUGCUCUGAUAUCGCACGGGAGCACCUUGGUACUUGUGGCCGGUUUGAGGAACGUCUAUUUGGUGGCGAGCGGUAUAAUGUCUUCGAGGAGUGCUCGAAAGCCAAGACGUGCACACUUCUCCUUCGUGGAGGUGCUGAGCAAUUCAUCGAAGAAGUUGAGCGAAGCCUUCACGACGCCAUCAUGGUUGUCAAACGCGCGAUCAGGAACGGAGAUGUUGUAGCGGGAGGCGGUGCUGUAGAGAUGGACCUCUCCGCACACAUCAGAAAAGCGGCCUUGUCCAUUCCCGGCAAGCUCCAGCUGAUCAUGACUGCAUUUGCGAAGGCCCUUGAGGUCAUACCACGCCAAAUCUGCGACAAUGCCGGCAUAGAUUCGACCGACGUCCUUAACAAGCUUCGAAUGAAGCACGCAGCGGGUAGCAAGUGGUUCGGUGUUGAUGUCGAUGGGGUUGACGGGAUUCGCGACAACAUGGACGCCUUCGUAUGGGAACCAGCCCUUGUCAAGCUGAACGCGAUAAGCAGUGCUACCGAGGCUGCUUGUCUGAUCCUCAGCGUCGAUGAGACUGUCCGGAAUCCUCAAAGCGAAGCACCGAACCCAGGCCCGAAAGCCCCCCCUGGUGCUGCUGCACGUGCGCUCCGAGGCCGUGGGCGUGGACGCGGAAUGCCCAGGCGGUGACCGAUGGGCUGGGAUAAAGGUGUUCUGCGAGUAUAGCAUGCUGGGCGUAGAGCAUCACUCAUAUGCGUGGUCCUAAGCUAAUGUAUCAUCUUGUUCUCAUUGCAAGGAGCAAUUGACAUAUUUAGACCGC